UUAUUGAAUGAUUUAUUGAUUGAUUGAAUGAAUAUUUUGAUAUUAUUUCCACUAUCAGUGACAAUACUGAUUCCCAUAACUAUUUUUUUGACUUAUUUGUUGGCCGUCAAUGACAAUACUGUUAAACCACUGCUGCCCUAUGUUAGCGACUGUGCAUUUAGGGCACCCGAGGCGUCCAUAUUCACCGAAUUGGUCACUAUUAUAGCCAUUUUAAUUUUCUGUACAAUUGUGUUACGUGUCAUACAAGUUAAGACAAUACUCGAUACCGAUAGCUAUUGUCGAUUAUUGUCGAUAUCGGCGACCGGCAAACAGCGCAUAUUAUUUGUAAACUGUCUAUCACUAUAUAUGGCACCGGUAUUAUCGCUGGGACUGAUAUCGUUGGCCUCGUUUCGGGUAAUAGAGACUUCGCGCAUACACUUUGCCAGUGCGGCCGUCAUUUUCAGUGUCGGUCCGGUUUUCUUUGGCACUCAAACCUGGAUAUCCUAUCAGUUAUCGCCGCUAAUCAACAGUCAAUGGAUGGCCUACUUUCGGCUAUCGAUAACACUGGUAUCGGUGGUCAGUAUAGUGUCGAGCAGUGGAUUCACUCUUUGGUCGUUUCAAGAGUUUCGACUCAAGUUUCGAUCGUCCGAUCGACUCGUGUGGACGUCUGCCGACGGCGGCUAUUGGCAACACGUAUUGGCCGCUCUAUUCGAAUGGUUAUAUUUGUUAUCGGUUGGUCCGUUUGUGGCCACAUUUGUCGGCGAAGUCAACCAAUUGAAACUAACCAGUGGUCCGACAUUUGAAUAUGUCAUACAUACUGACUAACUAACAU